AUGGCCGAAGAAACAGCUGAAGUAUCGUUGCGUAGACUAGAGCAAGUUGGUUGCCAACAGCGUUUACCUGGAACCGAUGAGGAAGCAGCGAAAGUUGAAGAGCUACUGGCUGAGGAAUUGGCGAAUCUUUCCAUGUCCGAACAAGAUGUAGCUUCGUUCGAAGUUCACGGUAUUGCAGCUGAAGUUGAAGAAACACCAGAACUUGUUUACCAAUGCUUGAUCGAGCUGGAGGAAGAAGUGCAGAAAAUCAAGAUCAACAAGAAACCAGCAUAUGAGAAGGCUUUGAAGAUGAAUCCUACCUAUGUAACCAGUCAGAGCUUCCGUUUGCAAUUCUUAAGAUGCGAGGCUUUCAACUGCAAGAAUGCGGCAGGACGUCUUGUUCUUCAUUUUCAACAAAAAGAGCAAUUGUUUGGUUCUGGGGAUGUAUUAGUAAGAGAUGUCCGCAUGUCUGAUAUGGACUCUAGCGGACUGAAAGCUUUGGAGUCGGGUGCAUUGCAGUUGCUGCCUACUUGCGACGUUUCUGGCCGGGCAGUAUUGUUGCUUUUCUUAAGGAAAUGGGGUGAUAAACCUAAAGCCAAGACAGCACAACGAAUGCUCUACUAUAUGAUGCAAACCGCGAUGCAAGAUGAAAACAUGCAAAGGAAGGGUAUUGUCGUGAUUCUCUACUUUGUUGGAAACGACGCGAGCUUGUUUGGUUUUAAUAUAUUCAAGAGUGUUUUUCAAACGCGACUAGCCGUGCCACACAGAUUGGAGGCCAUGCACAUUUGUUACGACAGCAAAACCUUGCGCCCAAUUGUUUCUGGAUUGAGAUUUUUCUUGGACAAGCGUGGCAGAACGAGGUCCCGAAUUCAUUUUGGGAACGAGAAACACCUACUAUUCCAGCUGCAGACAUAUGGAAUUCCAAUCGCUGAGGACUCUCCUUUAAAACGAGUGAAUGGUGAACUUCCACUAGCCCCGCAUCGAGAGUGGCUCCAGAUUCGGCAAGCGCAAGAGAUGAAAGUCUCCGGAACAGGGGAGAUACCAAAGACUUUGUUUCCCCAUCGCUUUGAUGUCCUCUUCGGUAGAGGCACGAAGGUACGAUCACAUACUGGAAAUCUUCGAGCGCUCCAGCUUGUAAAUAUGUGGCAAUCCCGAUACGAUGGAGCGUCUUACCGUGCCGUGAAGGCUGAGAUAUCUGAACGCAUCGUAAGCAUUAUUCAUCAGAGUAAAGGGCGAUUUCUGAAAUGGGAAGAAACCGGAUGGGUGGAAGUUGAUGACGAAGCAGCAAGAGACAAGGUUGCCCACUAUUUUCGAAAUCAGCGACGAAUCAAGAGCGACCACGACACAAACAAGCAGUCAACAGCUCCAAAGCGAACUCGAAGCACUGAGAUAGCGGUACAAGUCAUCUAA